AGCCCUUGCCAGGAAGGGGGAGUCCACCCCGCUCUCCGGAGCGCCCAGACAGCAGCCUGAUCCGGGCUGGCUCCUGGGGUGCCGGCCGGGCCCCCGCAGCAGGCAGCCCUGCCCAGGGAGCGGGACCCCCUCCUCCUAGCCCGGGGCCCCCUCUUCCAACCACAGCCGCCUGGGCUCAUCUCGGGGACGACGCCGCCGGUGGCGAGAGCGCAGCGGGCGCAGUGGGGGCCACGGCGGUCCCGGCUGCGACGGCGCCGCUAGGACCUUUGAGCGCUGUCCCGAGCCGAUGUCACAGGUGAGUGGCCAGCCCUCCCCUCACUGCGACGCGCCCCAUGGAGCCCCGAGCGCAGCCCCGGGCCCAGCCCAGACCCCAUCCCUCCCACCUGGGCUGGAGGUAGUAACAGGAUCCACUCACCCUGCGGAGGCAGCGCUAGAGGAGGGCUCCCUGGAGGAGGCGGCACCCCUCAUGCCCCAAGGCAAUGGCCCCGGGGCCCCCCAGGCCCUGGACAGCACUGACCUCGAUGUCCCCACAGAAGCUGUGACACGCCAGCCUCAGGGGAACCCCUUGGGCUGCACCCCACUAGUGGCGAAUGGCUCUGGCCAUUCCUCGGAGCUGGGCGGCGCCAGGCAGGCGGGGAAUGGUGCCCUGGGUGGCCCCAAGACCCACCGGAAGUUGCAGACACACCCAUCUCUCGCCAGCCAGGGCAGCAAGAAGAGCAAAGCCAGCACCAAGUCAGCUGCCUCCCAGAUCCCUCUCCAGGCGCAGGAAGACUGCUGCGUCCACUGCAUCCUGUCCUGCCUCUUCUGCGAGUUCCUGACGCUGUGCAACAUUGUCCUGGACUGCGCCACGUGCGGCUCCUGCAGCUCCGAGGACUCGUGCCUCUGCUGCUGCUGCUGUGGCUCCGGCGAAUGCGCCGACUGCGACCUGCCCUGCGACCUGGACUGCGGCAUCCUGGACGCCUGCUGCGAGUCGGCCGACUGCCUGGAGAUCUGCAUGGAGUGCUGUGGGCUCUGCUUCUCCUCCUGACCCGCGGAUUCCGGCAGGGGCUCCCCAGGGGGGCUGUGGCACAGAGCUUGAUCACCCGUCCCCCUGGUCCUCUCCCACCCUCCCAGGGCCCUCUCAGAACCCCAGCCCGUGAGAAGGGGGCGCUCGGAGGCCACCUCCAUCCCGGGAGCUGAGCCCACUGCAGAGAGCCAGUCCUCCUCCCUGGUUACCAGGGACAGAUGGCACCAAGGACCUGGGGGCAGUGGCUGGGGUGGGGGCUGCUCCUGGGCCAGCUGCCAGGGCUGCAGAACACUGUGAAAGUUGGGGUGGGGGCGCAGGAACAUGGGGGAGGCAGGGACGCCGGAGCUGUGUGCUUCUCUACCUCUCACUGCUCCUGGCGCCCGCCUCCCCUGACCCCGAGGCUUAGAGGACAGCAAAAUGUGAAAAGAGACCCCCACCCUACCCUCAGUCAAGCCCCUCCCUGUCUCCUUUCCUGAGCUCUUUUGGGGGCCUGACCCAUACAGUGACCCCAGAGGGUGCUGGGCUUAGGCCUGGGGCAGGGCACGAGGGGGAACAGUAUGGAAAAGACUGGAAGGGGAGAGGGGGGGCAUGGAGGGAGGGUCUGUUCUAUUUGUUGCUGUAAAUAAAGAUGUUUGUCCAUCUCCGAUUUCCUCAGGA